AUGUGCUUCUUCGAUCAAGUCAUGUGGACCUGCAGCGACUGGAAGUGGGACCGCUUCCGCCAGCACUGCAACCGCGAGUACCGUACCGGAGAGACCUGCGGUAUGAAGCUUGUCUAUGCAGUCAUCAGGAGCAACGACAAGUGUAAGAUCUGUCAAAAAAUUGACACCAAGCUCCGCCGUCGUGCUGCGGAAGUGGUAAAGAUCCAGCGAUGGCAAUCUGAGGGCAGCAAGCUGAAGGCAUCCAUCGAGAGAUCUUACGAGAUUGUCAAAGACCUCGACCAGGAGAUUUACCAGUUGCAGAUCGAGAAGCAGCGAAAGACUCAGGCGAUUGGAAAGUCACGCUGA